CUUUUAUUUUGGAAAGCGUCCAUAUCAUGGCAUUUUCCCCGCACGUCCUGGUAAACAGCUCUAUUAUGAUCUUGUAGGUUUAUUCGCUAUCUCAGGAUAAAGAGAGAUAAAUUCAAAUGAGUAAUCCACUGAGAGGAGAAGUUAUAAGAUUGUACAAAAAUCUUCUGUAUCUUGGGCGGGAAUAUCCAAAAGGCACUACAUACUUCAGGGAGCGUCUGAAAGCAGCUUUCAUGAAGAACAAAGAUGUCACCGAGCCUGAGAAAAUCAAAAAGCUGGUUGACCGUGGAGAGUUUGUGAUCAAAGAACUCGAGGCGCUUUACUUCCUCAGGAAAUACAGAGCGAUGAAGAGGCGCUACUACGAACCAGAGCAUUAAUCGAUGUUUCUGCCAGACUGUAUAUGUGUCAAAAGUGAAAUCACUACUUUCUGCACGUUUUUGAAUGUCUGUGUUUGAUGUGUUGCACUACAACAGAUUUGGACGUAAACAUUUAUUUUUACUACUUCUAAGUCCUUGUUAGAUAUACAAUAGGCAGUUAUUUGUAAUGACAAUUACAUAUGUAUUUAUAUUUAAAUACAUUUAAGUUU